CAACAUCAGCAGCAAAUUUCAAAUCACUCUGCUGUCUCGUCUAGUCCGGUGUCCAUCUCUAUUCUUUCAUCAUGGGAUACGCGACGGCCGUCUGCACACCGGCAAUGUUGAUAAACUUGUUCUAUGCGUCCCUAUUCGUCAUAGGACAAGUUGGUGAAAACGUCGUUUUGCCGCUGUGGAUUGCAGCUUCAAUGACAUCAAGCAACGGUACCGAUAGCUCUCUAGCGAUCGCGAGUCCAGGAAACAACAACUCGAAUGUGUGCCCAAACACAAGCAAUACGACUGGACCAGAACCGAAAUCGCUGGAUAACUUUUUUGUCUUGUCGUUUGCCAGUCUGUCGUUUGUCAUCAUAUUCGGGCUCGUCACGCUCGGUAUCAUUCUGUUUGGCCGGCCCGGCACCAUCGGUCGUACGGAGAGAAAGUUUCCUCACACCGACAUGUUCUUGAUCGGUUUCUGCGACGCCAUCAACGGCGUUAUGGUCGUCUUUGCCGCAACCGCGUCCAGAACGAGUCCCAUGUUGCAGACCCUGUUGGGAAACUUUAUGAUCCCUUUGACUGUUGUCGCCAGGAUAUUUAUUUUGAAGAAGAAACCGAAUCUUGUUCAAGGCCUUUCAGCUGUAGCCGUCUUCAUGGCUCUGUUGCUCUGUCUUGCCCCGGAUAUCUUUGAUCUAGACAAACCACGCUGCAGUCAGUCUAGUGCAUCUACGAGUUCCACUGGUGCUGCGCGUGUCCUGUGGCCUUUAUGUUUCAUGUUUGGAUUUGUGCCCGCUGCUAUCAUGAACGUGCUAGAAGAAAAAAGUCUGAAAAAGAGAGUUCGCAGUGGUAACGGAACUCGUCAAAUCAAUUUGUUUUACUUUCUUUUUUGGACUUCGCUUUACCAGCUGCUGACAGCAGCCGCUCUCUUUUGGAUCGACAUCAUUCCCGGAUUUGGCACAGCACACGGCAGCAUAACUGAGUUUGGGAAAAAUUAUUGGUAUGGAAUAAAAUGCUUCUUUGGUUACGGUGGCUGUGAUUACUCAUCUGGCUUGAGAGGAAGUCUCUUUGUUGGAUUCUACGUUGUGGCGUACAUCGGAGGUGGACUUCUUUUGCGCUUCAGCGACGGAGCCACAUUUAUGGCAAUAGUCAAUUCUGUCACCACACCUCUCGGAUUUCUCUUCUGGACAUUGUUUCAAGAUCCGUCUAAGGGACCGUUUAUGUGGGACCCACAUGCGACAACAAAAACGUAUUUUAGCUUGGGAGGUCUCGUCAUCAUGAUACCUUUUACCUUUAUCUACAACUAUCGACGGGCGCAGAAGUCGACGGUUGAUUCUUUCGAUGAAGAGACGUCUUCUCUGUUUAGCUCGAGUUCGCAGCAUUUCUCUGGGCAUCGCAUCAACCCUGGGGAGAAAAAUUUCUCUUAUCAAGAUGACUGACUAUAUGGACAGCGAAGUGACGUCUUGAUUCAGCAUGAUAGGUGUUCUGUUUGCGCAAAAUGUUUGUUUGCUUAUGGUAGCGCUGUUAACGUUGUGCGUGAGUAUGUUUUUUAUUGUCGCUUACGUCAAAAACUAGGAUAUGGAUUAGUAGACAA